GGAGGGGCGGCCGUGCCCUGAGCUAUGAAAGCCCCUGCCCGCUCCGGCUCCUGAGUCUGCAUGGGGACGCGGGCACUGCAGGGCCUGGGCGGGGGGCCCCGGGGGAGGGGUUGCCUCUUGCUGGCUGUGGCGGGAGCGUCUUCGCUGGCGACCCUGCUCUUGGCAGUGCCCAUCACUGUCCUGGCCGUGCUGGCCCUGGUGCCCCAGGACCAGGGACGUCGGGUCGAGAAGGUCAGCGGCUCGGGAGCACAGGCGCAGAGAAGACUGGACGACAGGCCGCUGUGCCUCCCGCCCUCAGCCCCCGGCCCCUCGGGCACCCCUGAGCCCCGCCUGCACCCCCAGAGAGCCCCACCUUCCGGGGGCCGAGGCGCCCCGUCCCCGGGCCCCGUGGCGCCGUCCCCUCGGGAGGCAUUGGCAUGGGUGGCCACCCCGUCGCCCGCCGCGGGCCCCACAGCAGACCCAGGGGCUAGACGGCUGCCGACGGGGGCAGCAGACGCGGGGCUCAGCGCCCAGCCCCCGGCUGCCCACCUCAUAGGCGCCUGGAGGAGCGGGCCGGGGCUCGGCUGGGAGGCCAGCCAGGAGGAGGCGUUCCUGAGGAGCGGAGCGCGGUUCUCGCGCGCCGGCGGGCUGGCGCUGCCGCGGGACGGCGUCUACUUCGUGUACUGCCACGUGGGGUACCGCGGCAGGGCGCCCCCUGGCGGCCGCCCGCUCACGCUGCGCAGCGCGCUGUACCGCGCGGGCGGCGCCUCCGGGCGCGGCGGCCCCGAGCUGCUGCUGGAAGGCGCGGAGACCGUGAGCCCCGCCGCCGACCCCGCGCGCCUCGGCGCCCUGUGGUACACCAGCGUGGGCUUCGGCGGCCUGGUGCAGCUGCGGGGCGGCCAGAGGCUGUACGCCAACAUCAGCCACCCCGACAUGGUGGACUACCGCAGGGGCAAGACCUUCUUCGGGGCGGUGAUGGUGGCCUGACGGCCGCGCGCGCCCGCGGAGGA